AUGGAAAGCUUCGACUUGUUUUACAUGUGCGCCGCAAUCAUUUUGAAAGUUUUGAGUAAAUCAAAGUUAUGCUAUGAAGACGUCGAUCAGAAGAAAGUAGAGAUGACAAUAUCCCAGGUUUCUUGCUCAAAGAGGUUCUCAUGGUCCAUGACAUGCUUCUCAACAAAAACUCCAACCCAACAGUUUGCACUCCAGGAUAUGUGGCACCUGAACUUCUCUGAGAAGUAUGGAGCUGAGAUUGACAUUUGGUCGGCUGGAAUCAUUAUGGCUGGGAAAUGUAUAGUAUACUGUAGAUUUUCAGUAAAUGGAGAAAGAAACAACCACGGAAAGACCCACCAAAAAGGGGAAACGCGAAAGGACACUGAUCCAUCCAACUGCAUAGCUACUCAAUAA